AUGGAUCUUAGCUGUCCACGAUGUCAAACAACCAAGUACAGAAAUCCCAAAAUGAAAUUGAUGGUCAGUACAUGUGGUCAUUCACUUUGUGAAACAUGUGUAAAUUUUGUGUUUGUUAAAGGUGUUGGCAAUUGUCAUGAAUGUCAUACAUUUUUGAAAAAAAAUACGUUUCGUUAUCAAAUAUUUGAAGAUCCCUAUAUUGAAAGAGAAACUGAUGUUCGAAAACGAAUAUUAAAAAUUUUUAAUAAAAAAGAAACUGAUUUUCCAACAUUAGAUGCUUAUAAUGAUUAUUUAGAAAUGAUUGAAGGAUAUAUUUUUAAUAUUGUUAAUAAAAUUGAUGUUGAAGAAACAGAACGAAAAAUGGCAGAUUACAAAGAAGUAUAUAAAGACAUAAUUGCAAAAAAUCGUGGACGACUGGUAAAUGAAAUGUACAUUGAAUAUCUUGUUGAGCAAGAACGACAAACAGAUGAGUUAAGAAAACGUGUACAUGAACAAGAAUUACAAGAAGAAAUGGAAGCAAAGAAAAAAGUUAAAGAAGAUUUAAUUGAAGCAUUGAUGCAGUCAGAUGGGAAUGUUCAUCGUGUUAUAGAAAGUCAUAAAACACGAAUUCAGGGUUUAGAAGCUAAACGGGAACAACUUCAGUCGAUACAAUUAAAUUUGCCGAAAAAUGAUGAAGUUCAGCCAUUGUAUGAAUAUGUAAAGCCAAUUGAUGAUCCUCACGGGCCAACAUUACCAGAUAGUUCAGAUUUAGAUCGAUUAGGUUAUUUGAAUAAUGUACGUCGAGAAAAACCAUCUGAACGAGCUGGUGGCUAUACUAGUGAAUAUCCAUGUUUAAGAGCAUUAAAAGAAGCGUUUGAUAUGUUACUCUAUGUUAAAGAAGGAAUUGACUCUUCAACGAACGAUCAAAAUUAUUUGUCAUGUUCACAAUUUGUUCAUUUCUAUCGAUUAAUGCAUUUACCAUUACCAAAAGAUGUUAAAGGUGCACAAGUAAUUGAUCAUGAAAAAUUUCAAACCAUUAUUCAAGUACCAUGUGUAACAGUAUCAAUUGAACAAAUAAAAAAAAUUGAUUGGAAAAAUGUUUUAUUAGAUAUUCGUCAAAUAAAAUAUAUUCAAGAUUUAGAACCUCUAUCAAAAACACAUAAACAAAUAUUAUUUAAUCCCGAUAAAAUAAAAACUAAAGAAGAUAUUGUAAAGUUAUUACCAUCGUCAAUUGAUAAAAAUCCAAUUGAACAAUCAUUCAAUUAUAAACAAAUUAAUAUUACAUAUAAAAAUUAUACUGCCGAUGAAAUUGUUCGAGCUAUAGUACCCGAUGAUAUAUUAGAAAAAAAUGUGAAUACGGGCAGUGGUUAUAGUCAAAUUGGACAUAUUGCACAUUUUAAUCUAAAAGAUCCUGUUUUACCAUACAAAUAUAUUAUUGCUCAAGCUAUUUUGGAUAAACUUUCAAAUGUAAAAACUGUGGUGAAUAAAUUACGCGAAAUUGAUAGCGUAUAUAGAAAUUUUGAUUUUGAAAUAUUAGCGGGUGAACAGAAUACAAUUGUAACAUGUAAAGAAAAUAAUGAAAUUUUCAAAUUUGAUUUUGCCAAAGUAUAUUGGAAUCCACGUCUUGGCAGUGAACGUGAGCGAAUUUUGAAUUUUCUCCAUUCAAAAGAUUAUAUAUUUGAUAUAUUUUCUGGUGUUGGUCCAUUUUCAAUACAAGCCGCGAGUAAAGGUUGUACUGUUUAUGCCAAUGAUAUCAAUCCUGAAUGUGUAAAAUGGAUGGAUCUAAAUUAUGAAGAUAACAAAUCAAAAUCAAAAGCUCGUACGUAUGGUGAUUAUAAAUCGUACAAUUUAGAUGGACGAGAAUUUUUAAUGACUGUUGUUUUUCCUCAAAUUGAACAAAUUCAACGUGAAAUAUAUGAUGAUGAAGAUAAACGUUGGUGUUAUUCGAAUGAUAAAAUUAUAAUAUUCAUGAAUUUACCUGAAAUAGCUUUAACAUUUCUCGAUGUAUUUCCCCCAUGGUUAUCGAAACAAGAGGAUAAUAAUGGAAAAUGGAUAUUACCUAUUCACAUCUAUUGUUAUACAUUUUCCAAUAAUGAAAAUAAAACAGAUGAUAUAAAAAAACGUUUGAACGAUAUCUUGCCCAAUAUUGAAUGUGAUGAAAUACGUUUUAUAAGAAAAGUAUCACCAAAUAAACAUAUGAUGUGUGUGACAAUUAAACUAUUUGAAAAGAAAAUCGAAAAAAAUAAAAAAGUAACUGACGAUAAUAACGAUGAAGAUGAGGAGAAAGAACAAAAUGUUAAAAGAUUCAAACAAGCUGUAUAA